AUGACAGGCCUCGCGACGUACACUGAUGCUAUUGUCACAUUGCCGCCGAGUCGGUUCCAAAAGCUCGAGAGUCUCGGCUUGUACUGCAAUUCGCCAGAGCCAGCAAUAAUCUGUAUCGAAUGCGGCUUCGCCAUUAACCCUACGCGCGCGCCACGUCACCCAGGCGACAAGCAUCAUAUACUUAAGUCUGCCCUCCGUGGUUUGAAGCCUCUAAUCUAUUCUCUCAACCUUCCAAACCCAGAGACACUCCCACUGCGACCAAACGGCUCGCCGCUUCACCCAAACCUUACGGUAUACGAGGGUUCGGCCUGUAAACAUUGUGGUCUUCGCCAGGGUUCGGAUCAAUUCAACGAGCAUCAAUAUAACACCUCGUUGAUAGAUAAUAGAUGA